UGGGUGCAGAGUGUGUGAGGAGCGAGAAGUCACUGUGAUUCUGCCAAACAGUGAAGUUUCCUCCAGCGUUGCUCUGCUCAUCUCUACCUGGUACCUGAGGUCCUGUGUGUGUCCAGUAUGAGUAACAUCUAUGAGUCUGCAGAGGCGACCCUCGGCCUGUGCAACUCUUCCUGUCUGACCAAGGUUGAGCUGAGAGUGGCUUGUCAAGGGAUCUCAGACCGAGAUGCCCUUUCUAAACCAGACCCUUGUGUUAUCCUCAAGAUGCAGUCACACGGACAGUGGUUUGAGGUGGACCGGACAGAGGUGAUCCGUAGCAGUACCAAUCCAGUGUUCUCCAAGGUGUUUCUGGUUGACUUCUACUUUGAGGAGGUUCAGCGUCUUCGCUAUGAGCUACAUGACAUCAGCUCCGCUCACAACGGACUCAGAGACACAGACUUCCUCGGAGCUAUGGAGUGCACAUUGGGACAGAUCGUAUCCCAGAGGAAACUGUCCAAAGCGUUACUUAAACAGGGAAACACUACCAGCAAGUCCUCGAUCACGGUAACAUCAGAGGAGUUGUCAGGUAAUGAUGACUACGUAGAACUCUCCUUCAGAGCUCGCAAACUAGAUGACAAG